ACUAUAAACAAGGAAAGAAGUUUGAAAUGAUACCUUUCUUGCGAAAACACAAUCCACUCAUCCUACACUAGAAGGUGUAGAUGUGGGUAAGAGUGUGGGUGUGGGAUGUAGAAGUGGGGUGGAAUGCGGGUGUGGUGUCGGUGGGUGUGAGUAUAGGUGUGAGGAAGUAGGAGAUUUACAUCCACAUCUACAUUUCUUGUACUCUAAUAAUUUCAUCAGACACUAAAAAUUACAAGAUUUAACAGUAGCAGCUAAAUAUUCCGAUCGAGCAGAACAAUUAUAUGCGAAAGGAUAUUAGCAAGGGGGAAACGGCGGACUUUUGGACUUGAAGUUACUUUGAGCUACUUUAAGCUACUUCAAGUUACUUUCAGCUACUUGAAGUAGCUUACUUUGAAGUAUUUUUCAACUUCAAAUUUACCUGAAGUUACUUGAAGUUACUUUAAGCUACUUGUUCCUACUUUGGGCUACCUGGGUGGUACUUUGAGCUACUUCAAGUAGUCUACUUUGACGUACUUUGACGUACUUUUCUACUUCAAGUCCGCCGUUUCCCCCUUGGAUAUUAGAAAUAAUUUUUUAUUUUGAAUAAAAAUAAAGAUCAGUAAAAUUGCUUUGUUGUUUACGAUUAUCGUAAUUCGGAUGCAAUACUUUGUGAGCGUUGUGUACUACAAUUUCAACAGUUAGAUCGUUCAAUUUCAACAGUUAGAUCGUUCAAUUUCAAUUGAUUUCUAUCUUAAAGCACGUAUGAAUAACUUUCAACAGACAACUGAAUUACUAGGAACAAUAACAAAUAUUCUUACAAAAAUGAAACGAUAUAAUAGAAUUAAUCAAGUUGCAUCCUAUCGACUAUUACUCAAAUUAUUCAAUGAAAAUAGUGUUGUUGGUCGAAACAUUUUGGAUGAAGCUUGUCAAAACUAUCUAUCAGUUGAUUAAUGGAAACAACGGUAUAAUAUGAAAUUAUUAAUUGAUACAUUUGAUCAAGAUGAUAAAGAUUUAAUUAUUUAAUGUUGUCAAGUAACUCAGUUUUUAUUAAUUAUUUAUUUAUACCGUUUUAUUAUUUUUUUAAAUAGAUAUCUUGUUUUAUGGCAAUCGAACCUGAAUUUGUUCAUUUAAUUGAACGACGGAUUCGUCCUAUAACAAAUAAUGUAAAUCAACAACAUACAACUAAUCCUACGACUUCAUCAACCAAUGACAUUAAAUCAAUACAAUUAGGUGAUGAUGGUGAUAAUUUACGUUAA